CACACCGAAAAUGUGCGAAGGGUGUGAGUUCAAUGCCAACCCGAGCACGCAUGUUCGUUUUCUGGGGGGGCCCGGCAAGCCAUAGUACAAAAGGCAGUGUAAGAACCCGGGUUCGAAUCCCGGACCGCGCAUAUCUUUUUCUUCUUCUUUUUUCCCAUGAUGUUGAAGCUGGUGUUGUUCUUUUUUUGGCUGUUGGUCGCUCGGGGAUCUGUUGUGGUCGUGUGCGGCCUGUUUGUUCUCGACUACGAGUCUGGGAACGUCGGGACAGUCGGAUUUGUUCUUUGGAUGCGAGAUAUGCCUUCUCUUUUCUCUGCCGUCUACCUACUGUUUGGUUGUACGGCAUUUUAUUCAGAUAAGACUCGCGGCUUCAAGUUUCAACUCUCUUGAGAUCGUCACUAGCAGUAUCACAGUCCGCC